AUGGCUCUCACGAAGCUAAGUGUCAAGAUGCUUCUGCAGAUGAAGCUAGCUGGGAAGGAGCAAGAAUUGACAGAGGAAAACAAUGGCUUUCUCCAAAACAUCGAUGUGGCUGAAGGUGCAAUGCAGAAUUUGCUAAGGGAAUUUACCAAAAUGGACCACAUCUUGGACAGAUCAGAUGAUGAGGACAUUUUCUCUGAAAACUCUGAAACUGACUUCCUUCAUGAUUUGGAGACUAAAAAAUGGGAUAUGUUGGAGCUGGAGGCUGGGCAUGACCGGGACCUGCAGAGUGAACAAGCUGAGCAAGAAAGAGAUCACGUUCAACAGGAAGAUCCCCAGGCAUCCACAUCUUUGCAGUUUUCAAAGGAGAACAUCCCUGAAUAUAGAAGCAAUGAUUUGUGUAACUGCCAAGAGAUAGCCAGUGGCAAUAAUGCCAAGAAACUUGGCUCAGAAAUGUGCACUGAGGAUUUUCAUGUUUAUGUCCUCACCUUCACUGGACUUUCAUGUUACAUACUAUUUUUUGAUGCUACGUUUAUUUUUGAAAAGGUGCUCCCUACAAUGCUUGGGUGCCGCAGAAUGUGGGAACUGCGGGAGAUUAUUGCCCCUUUCUUGAAUUUGGAAGUGGAAGACUUGUUACCCUCCUAAAGAUACUGUUACCCUACUGACUUUCUUCCUAAUAAAAUUCUGGCUGUUCUUA